CAUGAUUGAAUGUUAAAACUUCAGUUCUAUAAGGUGAUAGCAUGGUUUCUACACACAUAUCAAAAUGAAACUUGACGAUUAGCAAUAGCAAGUGUAGCUCGUUGAUAUAAAAGAAUUUCAGAUCAAAUAAGAUUGCAUGGGUAAGGUUACUUAAUAUUAAAAAGCGUUCAAUCACGUUCAAUUAUUACAUGAUGUUUGGGGAAUGAUCUAACCUAUUUUAUCAAUCGCUGAACCGGCUUUAUGAGAUUAUAAAACAUAAAAACUAUAAUUAACUAUGCGCUAUCCUAGUUUAUUUUUUAUUUAAUGUGAUAUAAAAUUGCAUUAAAUUGUUUGUUGCAAAUUAUUGCUUGUAUAAAAAUUAGUGAUUAAGGAUAAUUAAUUUGUACCAUCUAAACGAUGUUCAGUUAAAGAAUAAAGCAACAAAGAUCAACACAGCAGCGCAAUGGCGUUAGACGUUCAGGGUUCUCUUAAAGAAGCCUUAUACGAAACAUUAACUGGGAUAUUGUCUCCUCAUCGAGGAACUCGUCAAGCAGCUGAGCAAAGGAUUCAAGCAUUAGAAGUUACAGAAGAAUUUGGUAUACAUUUAACAGAAUUUGUAGUAGAUCCCAAUGGACACUUACCUAUCAGACAGUUGGCAUCUGUAUUGUUGAAGCAAUACGUGGAAACACACUGGUCUUCUGUGGCUGAAAAAUUUCGUCCUCCUGAAAUAAAGCAUGCAACAAAGGAAAAAAUCAAAGAAUUACUGCCACUAGGUCUUCGCGAAUCUAUUAGCAAGGUGCGCGCAGCAGUAGCUUACGCGAUAUCGGCAAUCGCGCAUUGGGAUUGGCCUGAAAAUUGGCCAGGUUUGUUUGAUAUACUUGUCAGUUGCUUAAGCGGAGAAAGCGAGUAUGCCGUUCACGGAGCAAUGAGAGUUUUAACCGAAUUUACAUCUGAUCUUACCGACAAUCAAUUACCUAACGUGGGACCAGUAAUUCUUCAAGAAAUGUACAGAAUAUUUCAAAGCGAAAACCAAUAUUCAAUUAGAACUCGCGGUCGUGCGGUUGAAAUAUUCACGACGAUUACGACAUUGGUCGCGAAUACAGGAGUAUAUCAAAAAGGAUUCACGGAACAAUACCUGCAACCAGUUAUUCCAAUGUUUUGUCAGAAAUUUGUGCAAUGUUUGCGAGUGCCCGACGGUCCAACCAGCGACAGCGGGCUUAAGGCCGAUGUGAUCAAAGCUAUAAAUUGUCUUGUCACUAAAUUACCCAAAUACGUAUCAAGCUUUUUGCCUGAGAUGUUACCGCCUGUUUGGGAAACUUUAACGCAAAGCGCGAAAAUUUACCAGGAAGGAUCUGUAAACGGAGAUGGAGAUACGAAUAAUAAAGAGGUUGAUUCGGACGGUGAAGUGAUCAACUUCAGUAACUUGAUUAUCGCGAUAUUCGAGUUUGUUCAUUCCAUCCUAGAUCGUAAACGUUUUUCAAAUCUAUUGGAUAAUUUAAUGCAAGAAUUAAUGUAUUAUUUAGUAAUCUUUAUGCAAAUAACUGACGAUCAAAUUGAAUUAUGGACGACAAGUCCGAAUCAGUUCGUCGAAGAAGACGAUGUAUUCGCUUACAACGUUCGCAUUUCCGCGCAAGAACUGUUAACGGCGCUUGUAAAUUACUCCGAGGAGAAGGCGGUGAACGCGCUUUGCGAAGUUGUAACUCGCCACAUCGAAGCAACGAAUAGAUUACGAAGCGAGAAUAACGAAACGUGGUGGAAACUAAAAGAAUCUUCGAUUUUAGCGUUAAGUAAAAUAAAAGAUACUACCGUUGAAAAACAACAGGCUGGAAUGCUUCAAUUCGAUGUCGUUAGAUUUUUAGACACAAUCGUCUUGGCUACUCUAAAAGAUUCAGAAGCACCGUCACUACUUCUUGGUCGUUGUUUGUGCGUUGGUGGUAAAUAUGCCGAUAUAAUGCCGCCAGAAAUGAGUUCGCGUUUCCUGGAGGCGACAGUGAAUGGUUUGCAAGAAAAUCAACCUGCAUGCAUACGUAUAAGUGCGGUAAAAGCUAUUUAUUGGUUUUGCAAAGCAUCGACGUUGGAAAGCAACAACACGCUAGGCAAUAUUAUACGAUCUCAUUUGCCGAAUAUAUUUCAAGGACUUUUUAAUUUGGCCAAUCAACCGUCUACAGAAAUUUUGACAUUGGUCAUGGAAACUUUACAAGUGUUGAUUGUGCUGGACAAAGCAUUCACCGCUUCGGUGGAGAACAAAGUUUGUCCAUUAACUAUCGCGGUGUUCCUAAAAUUCUAUAGCGAUCCAGUAAUUUUAGAUCUCUGCCAAGAUAUAUUCAAAAGUUUGUCCCAGAAUUCCGAGUGUAUAGGACCGUUGCAGACUCGUUUGAUACCCACGUUAACCAGCAUGAUGGCAGUAACACCUAUGGAUAAAUCAAAAGACGAGAAAUGUCGAAACGUAGCUUUGGACGUUUUGCAAGUGUUGGUACAGUACUCACCGAGACCGUUGAGCAGCGCGUUGGUUGAAACAGCAUUUCCGGCCGCGUGUCAUUGUAUUUUGAAUUCAGACGACAACGAAACGCUGCAAAGCGGCGGUGAAGUGAUACGUACUUACCUGUCGGUAGCUGCUCGACAGGUGAUGGUGCAUCGUGACACCGAUGGGCAAACAGGUUUACAAUACGUACUUCAAAUAGUCGGUCAGCUGUUGAAUCCACAGUCGAGCGAGUUUACGGCUACUUUUGUGGGACGACUGGUGACGACGUUGAUUAGGAAAGCGGGUAACACGCUGGGCGAGAAUCUCGAUCUAUUACUAAAGGCUGUCUUGAGUAAAAUGCAACGGGUCGAAACGUUGACCGUGGUACAAAGCUUGCUCAUGAUAUACGCUCAUCUGAUAAACACCGAGUUUGACGCAGUGUUAAAUUUUUUGUCAACCGUACCGGGCCCAACAGGACAAAGCGCGCUCGCUUUCGUACUCUCCGAAUGGGUGAGCAGACAACACUUAUUCUUCGGUAGAUACGACCGAAAAGUGGCUACGAUCGCGCUCUGUAAGAUAUUAGAGUACGGCGUUACUCACGGUGACAGCCGACUGAACGAAAUUACCGUCAAAGGAGAUCAGAUAUUCUCAGGAAACGAAGAAGGCGUGAGGACUAGGAGUAAAACCGAAUCACAGCCUUAUCAGUGGACCACGGUACCGGUUCUGGCUAAGAUAUUUAAGCUGAUAAUCAACGAAUUGUCCAACGACAUUGAAGCAGUCGCUGCGAAUCAAGAGACGGACGAAUCCGACGACGACGAAGAAGGCGACGGUGAUAACGCUUACUUAGAUCCGGGUUACGAGACUAUGCUACUGUUGGAAGAAGCUGCAAACGAAGCGGAGGAAGACGAAGAGGAUCCAGAGUUGUUGCAAGAUAGCAUAUAUCACUUGAACCUUAGUCAAUAUUUACGAGAUUUUCUGUUAAAUUUUUCCACCCAUCAUUGUUUUCCGGCAUACGUUCAGCAUCUAAACAUUCCAGAGCGGAAAGUUUUGAGCAGUUUAAAUAUCAACGUAUCGUUCAUGCAAUGAAUACAUAGAUAGAUUACUAGAUAGGGUAAAUCGAUGAAAAAAUUUGAAUAAUAAAAUAUGCAUUUCUUUACAU